AUGAUGAAUGACAAAGGAGAUAAGACUUGUCCUCUAUGUGCUGAGGAGAUGGACUUGACUGAUCAGCUUUUCAAACCUUGCAAAUGUGGCUACCAGAUAUGUGUUUGGUGUUGGAAUCGGAUUAUAGAGAUGGCCGAGAAAGAUAUGACAGAGGGUCGCUGUCCUGCUUGUCGAACCCCUUACGAUAAGGAAAAGAUUGCUGGAAUGACAGCUAGCUGUGAAAGGUUGGUUGCUGAACUUAACAAUGACCGGAAAAAGUCACAGAAGGUGAAGCCUAAACCUUCAGAGGGAAGGAAAGACCUAACUGGUGUGAGAGUCAUCCAAAGAAACUUGGUUUACGUUAUGAGCUUGCCUUUUGAUCUGGCAGAUGAAGAUCUUUUUCAGAGUAGAGAAUACUUUGGUCAGUAUGGGAAAGUUGUAAAGGUAGCAUUAGCUCGAACGCAAGCUGGGGAGAUCCAACUGUUUCCAAACAAUUCUUGCAGUGUGUAUAUUACUUACUCCAGAGAGGAGGAAGCAAUUCGUUGUAUCCGAUCAGUACAUCAAUUUGUUUUUGAUGGUAGAUCUUUGAAGGCAUGUUUUGGGACCAUGAAGUACUGUCAUGCGUGGAUCAGAAACAUGCCUUGUACCAAUGUGGAAUGUCUUUAUUUGCAUGAGAUUGGUUCCCAAGAGGAUAGUUUCGCAAAAGAUGAGACAAUAUCAGAGCACAUGAGGGCAAUUAUUCAAGAAAUUACUGGUGCGGUGCCCAAUUCUCCUCGGCGUUCAGGGAGUAUGUUACCUCCACCAGUGGAUGAUUAUGUUGAUAAUGUGUCUAUCCCAAGACAAAUUCCAAAAUGUGUUUUGAAUAAUGCACAGAGUGUUGUUAAAACAUCUCCCCCAAAUAGUAGUAACGGCCGAUCUGUUAGUCUUCCUGCUGGAGCCUUGUGGGGAAUGCAUGCUUCAAGCAAGUCUUCCGUACCGAAUAUACCAUGUUCGGGGGAACCCUUAAGAGUUAAAGCUGUUACAGUUUCAUCUGCGGUUGCAACAAAUUCAGUGCAGGUUUCUGCAUCCCAUAGUGAUGUAUCAAUGAAGCCAGCAUUAGAUGAUAAUCAAACUUCAUAUGGUAAUGGCUUGAAAUCGCAAGAGCUAUUGGAUAGUAAGACUGAGUUUCCAGAGCUUUCCUCGGUUAAUAGGACCCAGACUAGUAAUAGUAAGGCAUUAGUUUCUGCAUCUCAUAGUGAUGUAUUAAGGAAGCCAGCAAUAGAGGAUAAUCAUAUUUCAAAUGGGAAUGCCUUGACACCACAAGACCUAUUGGAUAGUCAGACUGAUUUUCCAGAGCUUUCCUCAGUUAAUAGGACCCAGACCAAUGAUAAGGUAUUAGUUUCUGCAAAUGUGGAUAACACUAGAGCUAUUAGUGUGCCAUCAAAUUGCACGGCUUUUCCGGAGCCUACUUCUCAGUCUUGUAGACCCAUACUGUCCAAUGGUGACAAAAUUCUCAAUGGAGGGAUACAGAGUGUAUGCAGCAACGCCGUGUCUGUGAGUGCACAUAGUGUUGUAAAUGGCUCCGGGGGGCAAACAAGAUCUGACAGUUCACGUGUUGAUCACGUCCCCUUAAAGUCAUCUCAUACAGAAGUGUCCCGAGACCCUCUACAGCAUUGUGACAAUGAAACUAGAGAAGUUCAGCUAUUACAGAAGACUGGUAUAACUAACGCAAAUGAUGAUGUUGACUCAAGAGAAGAAGUUAAUGCAGGUAGGGAUUUGAUGUCCCCAUUGGUAACAAAUCGGCAUCUUCAAGCCGAGGAUGAUAUAUCAUCAUUCAUUAGAGAAAGACUCAAGGAUCCCGAAGUUUUUAGCUGUCAGCCGAUUGCGACCCAUAAACCUAGUUUCCUACGCACUAUGCAGCCUUCGUCACGCCACUAUAAUGCUGAGCAUGAUGAAACCAGGAGUAUGUUUGGGUCCUCCUCGGCUGGAAGUAAUGUAGCUUCGAUCUCACAUGGAUAUAACGAGAUGCCACAGAGGGAGCCCGGUCGUUUAAAUGGCAGUCUUAAUCAUUCUAUGUUGUUUCCUGACAGAGCAAGGAACACAGAACCUAAUGGGAACAGUGGGUUUGACUCGCAGGGAAACUGUAGGAAUGAAAUAGAUGACAGAAUUGCAAGUAUAAUGUCUUUAGAUCUGGAUGAAUACUUGACAUCGCCUCAUAACUUGUCGAAGCAACUAGGGACAGGUGACGUAGAGGACAGAUCUUGUAAGCAAGCCAGUUCCUGUGAAGUUAACAACAAUCAAUCCCGGUUUUCUUUUGCAAGGCAAGAGGAAUCUAAGGAUCAAGCUUUUGGAUCGUAUAAUGUCUUCGACCAGAGACCAAAAGGCAAUGACCUCUACCAGCAGUCUUCAGAACGGCAGAGUCCUGAUAUGAAUAUGCUUGGAAUGUAUAAUGGUGUUUCAUCCAGUUAUCUCAAAGGAAUGGAUUUUGUCACUCCAAACUCCACUUUGCCUUCGUCUUAUAAUAAACCCACUUCUGUUGCAAGAUCUCCGGUUGCAGCGCCACCUGGAUUUUCAGUUGCAAGUCGACCUCCUCCUCCAGGCUUCUCAUCAAAUGGGAGAGAACAUCAGACAUUGAAUGGCUUCUCAGGAAACCAUCGUUAUUCUGAUUCACCAGUGUACAUUAACCCAUAUCACCAGUCACUUCCAGUUGAAAACAAUGGUGGUGUUAGGGAUGUUGAGUUUCUGGAUCCUGCGAUUUUGGCUGUUGGUCAAGGCUUUGAGAAUCGAAGCCUAGAUUACAGAUCAAACUUUCAAGGAAACGCAAACAUAUUUUCAAACCAGACAAAACUUCAACAACAACAAGCGGCAAUGCAGAGCCCUUUGUCUUCGCAUCAAAACUGUGGACUCGCUGAUUCUUUGGGAAUGGCAUCAAGGUUUAUAGAUCAAUCUCAAAGGAGUACCAUACUAUCUAAAAAUAUGGCCUUGCCUAAUGGCCACUGGGAUGGGUUGAGUAACGAGAUCCAAAGUCAAAACAGGUUCCAGAAUGAGAGAUUUAUUGGGUCAACAAAUCAGAUGAAUGGUUACAAUGGGACUUUCAGGAUUUAACACCAAUUGUCAGAAUCAGUGAGUCAUCACUGGUCUGGUUUAGGAGCAGCGCAUAGAUCGCCUCGACCUUUGAAUCUUAGCUUCUGGUUACUUUGAAACUGAGCCAACAGAGAGGUGGUUGUAAAAAUCUUUUAGGAGGUUUUAUUAUGCAUUUCUUUAUUAACAUUUCAUUUGGUUUUGAAAUAUGUCAAAUAUUAUUUUUCAUUAUGAGAUUACAUAAGAUUUUGUUUUGCAUCUUCA